GGGAGCAGGUUGAGGACGACACGCGGCUCCGGCUCCGGCUCCGGGCGAGGCAGCGGCGCGGCCGCCGGCAGCCCGGCCCAGAUAGUGCGAGAAGUGGAAAACUGACAGAAUAAAGAGCUGUGCAUCAUGAUGUAGUGGAAGGUCCUAAGAAGUAGUGCUAAUGGAACAGGAUGCUUCUCUGAGGACUUAAUGCUUCAGACUUUGGAAGAGCUGCUCUUUGAAUCUAUUACAUUCCUCAUAUAAUUACCCUACAGCCCUAUACCUCAGGACCAAGCUGCUCUGCAAACAUUUGUUUUCUCUUAACAAUGGGUAUUGGCAAAAACACCACAUCAAAGUCGGUAGAAACUGGAAGCUCUACUGAGGGCAAAUAUGAAGAUGAAUCUAAGCAUCCUGCUUUCUUCACUCUUCCGGUGGUAAUAAAUGGAGGUGCCACAUCAAGUGGUGAACAGGACAAUGAAGAUACUGAGCUAAUGGCAAUCUAUACCACAGAAAAUGGCAUAGCUGAAAAGAGUUCUCUUGCAGAGACAUUGGACAGCACUGGAAGUUUAGAUCCCCAGAGAACAGAUAUGAUUUAUACAAUAGAAGAUGUACCUCCUUGGUAUCUCUGUAUAUUCUUAGGGCUACAGCACUAUCUGACCUGUUUCAGUGGUACCAUAGCAGUGCCCUUCUUGCUAGCUGACGCUAUGUGUGUUGGAUAUGACCAGUGGGCUACAAGUCAGCUUAUUGGGACCAUAUUCUUCUGUGUGGGAAUCACAACUUUGUUACAGACAACUUUUGGAUGCAGGUUACCUCUAUUUCAGGCCAGUGCUUUUGCAUUUUUGGCCCCAGCUCGAGCUAUCUUGUCUCUGGAUAAAUGGAAAUGUAAUACCACAGAUCUUUCAGUUACCAAUGAAACAACAUUAUUGCAUACUGAGCAUAUCUGGUAUCCAAGAAUACGAGAGAUCCAAGGUGCCAUUAUCAUGUCUUCAUUGAUAGAAGUUGUAAUUGGCUUCCUUGGCCUGCCAGGUGCUCUGCUAAAGUAUAUUGGACCUUUGACUAUUACACCAACAGUGGCCCUGAUUGGUCUCUCUGGUUUCCAAGCAGCAGGAGAAAGAGCAGGGAAACAUUGGGGCAUAGCUAUGCUAACUAUUUUUCUAGUAUUGUUAUUUUCUCAAUAUGCCAGAAAUGUAAAAUUUCCUCUCCCAAUUUACAAAUCCAAAAAAGGAUGGACUGCCUACAAAUUGCAGCUUUUCAAAAUGUUCCCUAUAAUCCUGGCUAUCUUGGUAUCCUGGUUACUGUGCUUCAUAUUCACUGUGACAGAUGUCUUUCCACCUGACAGCACAAAGUAUGGGUUCUAUGCUCGUACAGAUGCUAGACAAGGCGUGCUUUUUGUGGCACCUUGGUUUAAAGUUCCAUAUCCAUUUCAGUGGGGACUUCCAACUGUUUCAGCUGCUGGGGUUAUAGGAAUGCUCAGUGCGGUGGUUGCUAGUAUUAUUGAAUCUAUUGGUGAUUAUUAUGCCUGUGCAAGAUUAUCUUGUGCUCCUCCACCUCCCAUUCAUGCAAUAAAUAGGGGGAUUUUCAUUGAGGGGCUAUCCUGUGUUCUAGAUGGUGUGUUUGGUACUGGAAAUGGCUCCACUUCAUCAAGUCCCAAUAUCGGAGUUUUAGGAAUAACUAAGGUUGGAAGUCGUCGAGUCAUUCAGUAUGGUGCAGCUUUAAUGCUCAUGCUUGGAAUGAUAGGGAAAUUUAGUGCGUUGUUUGCCUCCCUUCCAGACCCUGUGCUUGGUGCCCUCUUUUGCACACUGUUUGGAAUGAUCACUGCUGUUGGAUUGUCAAAUCUUCAGUUCAUAGAUUUAAAUUCUUCACGCAACCUCUUUGUCCUUGGAUUUUCCAUUUUCUUUGGACUUGUUCUUCCAAGUUACCUCAAGCAGAAUCCACUAGUCACAGGGAUCACAGGAAUUGAUCAAGUGUUAAAUGUCCUUCUCACCACAGCAAUGUUUGUAGGUGGAUGUGUUGCUUUUGUUUUAGAUAAUACCAUUCCAGGUACUCCAGAAGAAAGAGGAAUACGGAAAUGGAAGAAAGGAGUUGGAAAAGGGAGUAAAUCACUCGAUGGCAUGGAGUCUUAUGAUUUGCCAUUUGGCAUGAACAUUAUCAAAAAAUUCCGCUGCUUUAGCUAUUUGCCCAUCAGCCCAACCUUCAUGGGUUACACAUGGAAAGGUUUCAGGAAAAGCAGCAAUUGCCGAAAUUCAGAUGAAGAUUCAGAGGCUGCUGUAUAGCCUUAGUUGAAAUUAUACUAUCUAAUUGUAGUAAAAGAUGUAUUUGAAGUUCUUUGCUGAUUAAUAAGCAUUAAAAUAUAUGUUUUGUAUAUCUGCAUUUAAAUUUUGAAACCCAGAGCCGAGACUGAUUAUAAAUAGCUUUUCUGUUGUGGGUGGUGAUAUUGUCUAAUAUAGUGUCUCGACCAUCUUAUUAUUUAAAUCCUUGAUCCUGGCUGUUUUCAGGGCAUCCAUUGCUGGCAAUGAUAGCUGCACCUGAAAAUUCCCGAUCCUCCUGUGGAAGAGAGAUGUUUGGAAUUUGUUGCGGGUUUUUUUUGUUCUUUUGGGGUUUUUUGUUUUAUUCAUUCCUCUUUCUUGGUAAAUGCAUAGUACUGUUUUGGAUAUGUGCUGUCUCUCAUCCUAGCAUUCUGAAUGUUUGACUGCAUGCCAAGUCAUCCAAGAUGCCUGUCAACAAUUUUUCUUCCUCACCUACACUUUCUGUACCCACUGCACAGGAGAAUUCACAGAAUCUGUCCCCAGGCUAGAAAGACUUCUGGUCCUUCAAGCACUCCUGCCUACUUCCUUGGAUAGUGUUUUCACAAUUCUUCAUCUCAUCUGUGCCUAUAAAAAGUUUUGGGGGAAGCAAAAAUGCAUUUUCUUCUGCAUCAUUAUGACUUAAUAGUCAAUACAGUUAUUUUCCUCUUGAAUUAAUACUUUAGGAAACUUUGUUGAGCUAGAAUUACAGAUUGGAUUGCCCUAUGGCCUGUGUAGACACACACAUUUGUGAGAAUCACAGAUAUUGUUUUGAAUGAAUCUGGGAGGAGGGGAUGGGUCAUCUGUGAUUUGAAUCAAUAUCUAUUAAUUGUUAACCUGUUAACCUUUAUGCCAAAUUAUUAACACUAAGGAACUUGCCCUAGAGUCUACUCAAAAUAAUUUACUACCAUGUGUUUUAUCUUCCCAUUCAGGGCCAGAGUAGUAGAUUUUUUAGAUCAGCAAACUUUUCUUAUUAGCAGAAGCACCAUGUAUAUCUAGGUAGCAUCCUCAUCCCCUGGAUUAUUGAAUGGGCACAGGGUAUCACCAGUCAUUGAUAUCUGAAAGUUUUGGCUCUCCUGUAAUGUAGGUGUUGUUAGUUAUCAGGUAUUCGUAAUUGUGAGGCUAUAUUCAUGUUUAAUGUUCUAUUACAAAUUAGUUUGACAUCACUGAUUUUCACUGUGAUCCGUCCAGCACAUCCCCAUCAUCCCUACCCAUCUACUCCAUCCCCCAAAGAAAAACAGGAAAAAGAACUCGCAUUUGCAAUGCCACGGAUAUCAUCCGGGAAGCUUAAUAUAAUGUGCUCUUAAGGCCAGUAUAAUAUUUCUGUGCUUGCUUUUUGUAUUUCUUGAUCAAAUGAAGGUAUAUACUGUAACUCACUCUUAUUUAUCUGAACUGACUACUGGACCCCAGAGCAUGAAAAGGCUAUGGUUUUCUCUGAGUCUUGCUAUAAGAUCAAAGAGAAAGAAUAAACUGGAUCAGUCAGCUUUGAAUGACCCAACAUCUGAGUAAAUCCACUUACUCCCCUUUGUGGAAUGGCUCCAUAAAAUCUCUAUUGCACAGCUGUUCAAGGAAGACAUUUUCAAGCUGUUUUAGCUUAUGGAAACAUUCAGUAGUUUGCCAUUUGAGUAUCUACUGGAUCUUAUUGAGGUAGUCUGUACCACUUCUUGGCAAUAGUAAAGGUUAUACCACCUGUUUGAACAAAGCCUUUUCUUUUUUUUUGUUACUGAUCCACAUCAAGUGAGAGGCAUUGGGUUGAAUGUUGCCUUAACGCCUGCCCCCUUGCUGAGCUCUAAUUGAGAACACUAAGCUAUCAGUAAAAAUAACUUGUUAAUUUGUUUUGGAGUUUUCAGCUCAGGAAAAGGUAAAGAAAGAGAAGAAUCAGAAACUUAGCGAGAUGACUUCAUUUAUACCAGAUACCGAAGGUGGUCAGUCAGCUGCUUUUUGAGCAGCUAAAGGGAACCAAAAUGGAUAAUUUCAAAUUGCAUACAACUCUUUUUGCAAUAGUUUGUUGUGUCUCCUUUGGCAUUCAAGUCAGUAUCAAGAUUAGUUUGUCAUAAAUUGGAGAGAACAUUUUGAGAUCAACUUAGCCGCCUUUUGAGGUUAUUGGCUGAAUAAUCUAUAUGUUUUUAACCCUUUGACUCCAGGAAGCAUGAGCUUCAGUGAGCAUUGCAUUACGUCACCCUGGCUUAAUUGAGUCUACGUUUCAUGCCAAGAUCUUGCUACAGAUUAAAGGAAGCCCAUGUAUUCAGAAUUGCUUGUGGUUUUAUGUGUUAAACUUCUGGCUGUUUUAGUGUAUAGUAGGUACAGUGUUGUUUAAAAGAAAAUCACCCGAUGGUUCAGUCAGUCUCGUCCUUUUUGUUGUGUGAGACCAAGUCAAGCAAUAUACCGUGCUCUGUUAAGCCGUGCUUUGUUUAGCUCUGCCUGAUUCCUUUGCCCUGACAAAUGGAGAAAACUAUGCUAAAAUGACGGUAUUUGGUAAGUGUGCCUUGACACUAUUUCUGGUUGUCCAGCACAGUGAUACUGCCAAAUAUCUCCACAGAAGGUUUGAAUGCUUACCGCUGUAAUUCAGUCACACAUCCUGGGUAACAUGGAUGACUUGCCUUUUUGAUAUUUUUCUUCCACAAAACAGUGUGAAAGGUUUGUUGUGUUAAGGUUCGGAUGCUAAAAUGCUUCUGAAACCCCUGUUUGCAUAACAGAGAAUGUCUUACUUUGUAAAAUACACAUGUGAUAACCCGUUACUUAAACAAGUAGAGAAAAGACAUAAAGGAACAAGGCUUCCUCUAGAGAGAAUUUCCCACCUUGAUGCGGUUUGGUGGGAUGAACUUUGGGAAUCACCAGAUUAGGGAUCCUUUUAGAACUAUUUUGUGAAACAGGGAUGGAAGUGUGGUGAAGGGAACAAUAUACCCGGUCCCCAGUAGGUCCAUUUGCAGAGAGUUGAAAACGUAGCCUCAAUGUGGUAGACGUUCAGUGUCUGAAUUGGACAAUAAUAUGUUCUUUGCAUAUACACAACACAUAAAGUUAAUCACACAAUACAAUGUCUCAACUGCUAGCAGAUAAGCAGUGGAACAAAAGAUGCUAAUUUGGUGCAGGGAGAUAAUUUGAUUUGUUUUUAUUUCCUGUUUACAGAAAUAGCUAGGUAUGAAGCUGAGAGUAACAUAAGGGUGAAUUGUGUUUGUCACACUACAUUUUUUUGUGGAAUGGAGCAAUUUCCUCAAUUGCUUGUCCACUAAAUCACAUACAUAGUAGAAAGUAUGUAAAAGGCCUGACAUGUUCAGAAUGAAAAAUUGAAAAAAGUGUCUUGUCCCACAAUUCAUGGCAGAAAUAUUCAGUUUCCUUACUAUAGUCAUAGGAGAAUUGGAAACUCACCCUGGAUUUCUCUUAACCAGCAGUGUAACUGAGAAUCAUAUUCAGAAUUAAUCAAUACACUAAAAUUCAGGUUCUUGUUUAAAGGAACCCACCAAUUUCAGUUUUAUAGCAAAUUACCUGUGAUUGACUAUAGAAAAUGCACUAGGCCACUUUGAGUGACCAGUGAACUGAGAGAAGCAAUCAUGAUCUCUGACUUGUCCUGUCUCCAUGUGGGACAGAUACACAGGAUUUGCUUUGUACCUUUGAAUACUGACUUUAAAUACAACAGCUUGGUUUGUACAUGAAUAUUGCAGUAUUUCCAUAUAUUAAAAUAACAUUUCCACCCAGGAUAAUGGUCACAGGUUUCCAGGGAGGGAGUGAUAUGAUUUUCAUGACAAUGUCAUGUGAUAAUAGAAUUUCUCCAUUGAUGAAUCUCUAGUAGCUGUGUAUACUUUAUUUACCCAUGCUUCUGUUUUAUAACAAAGAGCUGAAAUUGUUUCCUUUUAUUCAUGUCCCUGCUGAAAUAUUGGUACUAGGAAAUUAGAGCGAACAUUUGCAGAUGUAAUCCUCAGUGCUUUUAUGUGUCACAAGAGUGGUUAAGCCAAAUGCAUCAGUCAGAGAACAAUCAGCUGUGGCAAUAUCUUUAUACCAAGAGUUUCAGGGUUUAGGGGAGAGAGAACAUUCAGCAGGUUAAAUUUAAUUGUGGUGUAAAGGGGACUGCAGGUUAGCAAUGACUGACAUAACUAGUUUCAAAAUAGCUUAGUCAUUAGAUGUUGAACACACAGUUCACAUCCCUUUGUGCUACAAAGUACAUAAUUCCUAUAUUAAUGUACAGUGUAUAAUACCCUAACAAAUGCAAUGCUCCAGUGGAGUGGCCUUCUUCAACUCCAUAGAUGAAAAAUAAGGUAACUCUCUCCCCCUAGUCAGACACCUAAUUGAAAUAGUGACCAAUGGCUUGAUUCCCACAUGCUGUAUAUAUCAUAGUAUUUCCUGUUGUGGCUUUUAAGAGAAUAAGACAUCUCCUGCAUCACCAUACAGUCUGCCAGUCAUUAGCAGUAUUGAAAGAAGGCCAUGCUCUUGUUUGCUUCUGACGAAGGAUCCAUCCAUCCGGCUUUGUGCUGGGCUGCUUUUUGUAUUGAGGAAUCCAUUUUUAGCAAUAUGCAAAAACAUUCCUGUCUUGUUAGGUUGGUUGUGACUGUGCUUUGUCAUCGGUAUAUAUUAUUACUAUCAACCGUGCUUAGAUUGCUGUUUGUAUUUUUCAGGCACUUAGGACAUCUUGACCAGUAUUGCCAUCUUGCUGAUAAUUCAAAUUAUUGUGUUUUUUUUGUUAGUUCAGAACAACCUUUGACAUGUUAACAGACUGGAUGUUCUUAAAACAGUGGGGAUGCCUAUAUUUUCCAUGAGUUUUGUGGCUGAAUUUGGCUAUAAACCUUUCGGGGUUUUUUGGUGUUUUAUGGG